AUGAGUUCCCGAUUGGGAGUAUACGAAUUGAAAAUCGAUGAUUAUUACCACAGGUAUUUGCUUGUCAAUGUCUGGCACACAGACCUCAUGUGUGCGAAGAGUGAUUACAUUGGUUGUUUGAACGCAUUUGUAGGGUAUGUUACACGUGAUUUCCAAGCUAGGAUGAUAAGAUCGCUACAAAUAUAUGUUCCUAUCCUGAUGGCUUCGCUAUUACUGGAUCGCAUUCUCAGCAAUAAAGAAUUUUCUCCAUUUAUCACCAUCGAAGAUACGAUACAACAAACUGCUAAUGUAAUAGUAAGAGAGUUUAUCAGAAGAGCCAGCGCGAAAGAAGAUAAUACCAUCGUCAUCUUAUGUACAGAUUGCUCACCUAGCUGGUUCACAAAGAGCGUUAAGGGACUCCAUUCAAGCAGUUUUGUUAUCAUUGAUGCUUACUCAAGAGUGAAUUUGUAUAACGAGGAAGAUUUAAGCCCGUCAAUGAACUCAGAUAUCAAUACUAUUAUGGUUGAUGAUAUUGAAGAUAUAAGUCCUCUAGCGACUUUGAUUCAAGAUACAAUUGUGAAAUUGAAAACAUCCACAUUCACUUUGUUUAUUGAUUCAUUGACACCACUACUCCAACGCUCAACAUCUGCAACAUUCAAUCUGCUAAAGAAAGUAAGCAAUAAAAUCUCAGAUAAUGGAAGAAUGAUAGUAAUUUAUCACUCAGAUAUUCCAAUUCCAUCAAUGUUUAAUAUUGGUAAUACACUGUCACACAUUGCCACAGCUUCCAUAUCGGUGAAUAAUAUGGAGAUAUUUAACAAGCGGUCAACAAAAGGGUUCACAGGGAUGGUUAAUGAGGAGGGGUUAUCAGAUUGUGUCAAUUCAUUGGACAAUGGUGUCUGUAUCAUUCAGUUAAAGAAAAAAUCAGGAAGAAUACAACAUGAGACAAAUACAUACCAAUUGGAUGAGUUGACUGGGACGUUCAACGUAUCUCUAGUUCAUGAGUUGAAAGUACAGGAUGAAUCAACUGAGCCUGACCCAACUACAGCCAAUCUAUUAUUUAAUUUGAGAAUAACUGAAGAGCAGAAGAAAGCAAGAGAUGAAAUGGUGUUACCGUAUGUUAAAAUACAUGAAAAGUCCGAACCAAGUGCAGAAAGCGGUGGGAAAAUAUUCUAUGAUCCAGAUGAUGUGGAUGACUUUGAUGAUGAAGAUCCAGAUGAUGAUUUAGACAUAUAA